ACAGCUCUAAAGGGCGUUAUUUGGCAACUUGUUUGCAGCAGCUGCGGAGGCAGCGAAGAGUGCGGAGGGCGAGUCUGAGCGCAAGGAGUCGCACGGGGUCUGGGUCUUUAAUGGAUUACUUCAGGAUUACGGCGCUGCUUCUGACUGUUUUUCUACAGGCAUUCAGCUUGGGGAGAUGUGAGGAGGCUCCACCACCAUGUGAACCAGGCUUUAUUUCAGAAACGUUCAUCUUGCCGGUGCACAACGUCCACCUGAACAGGAGCCAGAGGGUCGGGAAAGUUAUUUUUGAUGACUGUAGUGGACACCAGAGAACCCUUUUCAGCACUGAGGAUACCCGCUUUAAAGUGGCCCCCGAUGGGACAGUCUCUCUGAAGAGGCCUGUAAAACUACACAAUAGACACAGGAAUUUUUUUGUUUAUGCCUGGAACUCUGAGGGCAAGAAGUUCUCAGCCAGAGUUGUGAUGCAGCCUGAACUGGGGACCAACGAUCCACCUUCUGAGGUGGAUAGUGCAAGUUAUGCUCAGCCUGUUUCCACUGAACCUGUUCCAGUACUGGAAUUUCCACAGUCCUCACAUGGGCUAAAAAGGAGGAAAAGGGACUGGAUCAUUCCACCCAUCAACUUUCCAGAGAAUGACAAGGGUCCCUAUCCAAAAGAAGUGGUGAAGAUUCGUACCAGCAAUGACAAAGAGGCAAAAAUACACUACAGCAUUACUGGUCCUGGAGCAGAUGAGCCCCCUAAAGGACUGUUUUUUAUGGACAAGUACUCUGGUCAGAUCUUUGUGACCCAGCCUUUGGACAGAGAGAAACAAGCACACUAUACUCUCUUUGCUCAUGCUUCUGCUUCAGGAGGGACUCCAGUUGAGGCUCCAAUGGAAAUCAUAAUUAAUGUCAUAGAUAUGAAUGACAAUAAGCCUGUGUUUACUGAAGAUACAUAUGAAGGCAGCAUUCCCGAGGCAACGCAAGUAGGAUAUGACAUCUUAAUUGUCACGGCAACUGAUGCAGAUGAUCCCAAUACAGAAAAUGGUGAAAUUGCUUACAGUAUUUUAAGCCAAGAUCCAAAGGAGCCAAAUGGCAACAUGUUUGCUAUCAAUCCUAAUAGUGGACAGAUUAGGUUGAACUCCCCUGGACUCGACAAAGAGCAAUAUCCACAAUACACACUGACUGUUCAGGCUGCUGAUCAGGCAGGCAAGGGUUUCCCAACAACCUGCACAGUGUUAAUCAAAGUAACAGACAGUAAUGACAAUGCUCCUCAGUUUGUAGAGUCCAAGUACACUGCAUCUGUGCCUGAAAAUAAAGUGGAUGCAGAAGUGGUGAGGAUGCAAGUUACUGAUGAGGAUGAACCGCACACUCCAGCUUGGCAUGCCAAGUUCAGGAUUCGUGAAGGGGACCCUGGUGGCUUUUUUAAUGUCACCACUGGACCCAGUGGCCAGGAGGGUAUCAUUACUACAGCAAAGGCCCUGGACUAUGAAAAGAGGAACCAGUACACUCUGCUGGUUACGGUGGAGAACGAUGUGCCAUUUGCCAUUAAGCUGCCAACGUCAACGGCUACAGUUGUGGUGAAUGUGGAGGAUGUGAAUGAGGCUCCCAUCUUCAUCCCCUCUGAGCUUGGUGUAAAAGCAGCAGAGGAUGCAAAAGUGGGUGAACGACUGGCCACGUACACGGCAACGGAUCCGGAUACACAAAUGAAGCAGUCAAUAGAGUAUAGAAUGGCUCCUGAUUCAACUGGAUGGCUGUCUAUUAACAAAACAACUGGAGCGAUCACUGUAAAGUCCCCAAUGGACAGGGAAUCAACAGAUGUAGUUGAUGGCAAAUACAAAGCUCUGGUCCUAGCUGUUGACAAUGCUGUUGUUCCAGCCACAGGGACUGGGACUCUACAGGUGAUACUAGAGGAUGUGAAUGACAAUGCACCAACAAUUGAUGAAAGGGAGAUUAAGAUCUGCAACCAAGAUCCAGAACCUGUGCUGCUGUCCGUGUCUGAUAAGGAUGGACCACCGUUUGGUGCGCCGUUCAGUGUGCAGCUUUUUGAACAGUCAUUGACCAACUGGACUGCCACAAUGAAUGAAACCAGAACUGGCAUUAUAUUGAAGCUGAAGACCAGAUUACCACAGGACAAGUACAAUGUCAUGUUAACAGUCUCUGAUAAUAAGAACUUUGGACAGGUCAAUACAAUUCUAGCUUUUGUCUGUGACUGCAAGGGGAAGGAUGUUGAGUGUGGUGAUAAGCUUGUUGCUGGAAUGGAGCUGCCUGGCAUUCUUGGAAUUUUGGCAGCUGUUUUGCUUCUACUUUUGCUGCUGCUGCUGCUCCUCAUGUUUGUGAGGAGGAGAAGUAAGGUGAAGAAGGAGCCCCUUCUCCAAGACGACGAUGUCCGUGACAACAUCUACUACUAUGAUGAGGAGGGUGGUGGUGAAGAGGACCAGGAUUAUGAUCUGAGUCAGCUGCACAGAGGCUUGGAUAAUCGGCCUGAGGUCUUCCGUAAUGAUGUGGCUCCAACGUUCAUGUCAGCUCCCCAGUAUCGGCCCAGGCCUGCCAACCCUGAGGACAUCGGCAACUUCAUUGAUGAUAACUUGAAAGCGGCAGACAAUGACCCCACUGCUCCUCCCUACGACUCCCUCCUGGUGUUCGAUUACGAGGGAGGAGGCUCCGAGGCUGGUUCUCUCAGCUCCCUGAAUUCAUCCAGCUCCGGGGGGGAACAGGACUACGACUUUCUGAAUGAGUGGGGACCUCGCUUCAAGAAGCUGGCUGAUAUGUAUGGAGGUAGUGACGACUGAAGAGGGUUCAUGCAGCACUUGCACGUUCCUUUGUUCUGAAGCUACUGCCUGCUGUGCACCUAUGCUUUGAGAAGUUGAUUUUUGUUGCACAGAGGCCAUUUUGAGAAUGUUCAGCACCAAGUCUUCAAUCACUUGGACUGGGGAAAGAUGAUUUAUUAGCCUUUUUGGCUAGUAGCUGAACCUGAGGUUUCAUGGCUUUUUCUUUUUCUCUCAACAUGUAAAUACAGCAAUUUAAAUGUUUUCUAUCAAUAAGCAUUAAGGGUACUUGGUUCCAUUGUGUUCAGGCAAGAUUAAUUCCCAAUAAACAAUUUUAAAUGUUUUAGAUGUACCUGUAUAUUUUUGUAUCCUUGCUUAUGCUGUGCCAUAAAACCAGUAGUAAUUGCUUUUUUUUUUUUUUUUCCCCCUACCACACUUCCUGUUAGGCCUAGAAAACAUUAGGAUCUUUCAUGUUGAACUGCAUGGUGUAGUAUUUGAUAAAGGUUUCUUAAUGGGUAUGCAGAUUUA